AUGUUUGGUUUACCGCAGCAAGAAAUAUCUGAAGAAGAGAAGAGAAUGCAUGAAGAACAAACGAAUAAGACAUUAAGAAAUGCAGCAGUCGCAUCUGUUGUAUUAUGGGUAUCCCCAAUAGUUUGGCAUUUUGUCAAAAAACAAUGGAAAUGA